AUGGCUCCACAUCAGCGCUCCCUCCGUCGUACAUCUGCUACUCUGGUCAACGUCGUGUUUCUCCUCAUCAUCACCCCGUUUAUUCGCCACAUUAUGCAUCGGUUCAGCGCUUCGCAAAAUCUGUCUGCCGGAUAUCGUGAGGUUAGCGCCGAGGUUGAACGCCUCCUUGCUCGCAGAUCGGGCCACCAUGGCUUUGAAGCCCGAGCUGAUCUAGCCGCCGAUACGAUAAAGAGGGCUUCGACACAUAGCGAGCAUCAAAGGCGAAUUGCGGACGUACCUCGAAAGUCCAGCCAAGGACGCGGACUGAAGGCAGCUACAAGCGGCGACCAGCCUCCCAAUAAUGUCGGGCCGAUGGAUACGGAACCCAAGCUCCAACAACCGUCGAAGGCGCAGAACGUCAUUGAGCCACAUGGGAAGUGGAGGGGCUCCGACAUCAGCGGAGGGAGUUACAUAACCGGCAGCGCUGCUGCCGGACCCCAAAAACUACUGACCAGCGCAUCCACGGCCUGCUUCGGGACUCCAACGCGCACGGACUUCGCCAUUGCCAGUAGGAAACGAAACCGCGAUUUCCACAGACACUUUUGGGGUGUCCCUAAUUGUGACUACCUCGUCGACGACUACAGUUGUGCGCUGCAAAAGGAUAUUCUCACGCACGGCCGACUGUACGUAUCACAGGGCAACAUCAGCUUCAGCAGCAAUAUUUUCGGAUGGGUUACGACCCUGGUGAUUCAAUUUGACGAACUUCAGUCCAUUACGAAGAAAAGCACUGCCUUGAUCUUUAGAAAUGCGCUCAUGAUCUCCACAAUUCAUGGCAAUUAUACCUUUGCAAGCUUCUCCAACAGAGACACGGCCUAUGACCUCAUCGUCGACAUCUGGAACCUUGGGUGUCUAAGCUUGAAGAGCACGAUGAAUGGAGUCCGGAUGGAGGGUAGCGGAGGUGACAAGACUGAACGGGUCGGCGGUGUCGAGGCUCCAGGUGUGGAGAACGAGUCUUCACCUGUCCCAUUCGAGUCUGGAGACGUCAGUGCUGAGUAUAGCAACGAAGGUGUCUUACCUGACGAGGAGGAGGAUGACGAGGAGGAUGAGGAGGAGGAUGAGGAGGGCCGAGUAAAGUCGGGGACGAAGUUUAGUGGCAUGGAGUCCCAUGUGCAGCGCCCGGCUCGGAGGAAUGUGUCACCAAUGCCGAACAUUGCCUUGAUGGGCGCGCUGCUCCUGGCUUUGCUGAUGGCUAUAGGUGUUCGGUUCUUGUGCGCACCUUCGAAGGCCGUCCUGCUUUACGAGCGAAUUAUGGGUCCCUUCAGUCCUCAUCAUCCCACGGCCUGUGAUGAGAUGGGCCGUGCAACAGGUGCGGAGCUAUUGGCAUGGCUAGAUGAGCGGAUAGAUCUCGGUCAGUCAGACUCAAACAAUCUUAUCCCUUUGGGGAGGCACCUUGGCGCCAACCGAUGGGUGUGA